UUUUGGGGUUAUGCUCAGGUAAAACAAUUUGGCUAAUCUAUACAUCCAUAUUUCCAAGUCCUAAUCUUGAAGAUCAAGGGGUAUAAUAUUUAUUGGAAUUACAGAAAUUCUGAUCGACUUUGGUUUUUCAAUGUAAAUAUAGGAUUGUAUCAUAUUAUAUUAUACGUAGUAGAAAGUGAUGGGUUAGAAGAAGCCUACAUAACCGAAUCAUAAAGUCAAAUUUAACAUCCAUAUGUGGUCAGCUAUGUAAACUUCAACAUUGAUUUAUCCUGCAAUAGAUGUGGUUCAAUUGGUAACAUCCAUUUUUGUCUUCUUCGAAUGCCUCUUAAUAAUCUAAAAGUAACUGAAUGUCAUCAUAUUACAUUACUGAGUUUGGGUAACCCAAAUGUUAUGUUACUGAUUACAAUUUUGGACAGGUAACUGGUAACUGAUUACUGUCUCACAAACAAAGAGUAAAACAAAAAUUCUAUAUGAGUGGAAGUGACCUGAAGGAAAUAUAACAAAUCUUGAAUGACAGAGGAUUUUCAGUUGAAAGAAUGAGAGAAAUAUAAUUUGUUUACCACUCUUGGGGCGGGGAUAACUUAAGAGGGACAGGAAAUUAUGAUUCAUCACGGAAUGUUAACGCAGACAUGGUACAGCUGAACUACACCACAUCAAAUAUCGAUAUAAACUCUAGAUAUAAGUGAGAUUUCAUCACCCGAGUAGCUUUUAUACAGUUUUACACCCUCUCUCUACAGGUUGACAGGCAGGAGUUCUCUUUUCUAUUGGCAGAGUGAUAUGAUGAUCCUGUCUAGAUUCUGGGUGCUCAUCUAUGCAUGUGUUUUUAUUUCUAAUGGAUCUUUAAAUCCCGUGGAGGCUUUUAAAUGCAAAAUAGGUGAGAGGAUAAGUCGAGGAAAAAAGGAACAGUGUGAACCGUGCCCCGACGAGAACUUCCAGGCAGUACCAAAUGAAUCUCUGCAAUGUCAACCCUGCUACUCCUGCAAUGAGAGUUCUGGGAGUGAGGUAAUAUCAAAGUGCACAAAGACUUCUAAUGCUAAGUGUCAGUGUCGUGGAGGAUUCACUAACAGAGACAAAGACUCUACCAUAUGCAAGUGUGCCGUCGGUUCUGGGUUGGAUAGAUCAGGUAUAAUACUCAAAUGCCGUGAAUGUGAGCAUGGAUUCUUUACCACCGACAAGGACUCUACGUGUGCGAAAUGGCGAGAAUGUGAGAGUGGAGUGAAGACUUCAGGCACUACGAUGAGAGAUGUCGUCUGUAAUGAAGAGUCAGAGUCAGACGGGAAGACCCUCCCCUCCAUGCAGCCCACUUCCCCCUCUGGCUCUAUCCAGACUGUGUCUAAGUCCUUGAUCCAGAACCAGAGCCAAGGGUCAUCUCGUCAUCCCGAUGCCCCCACUGUAACACCAGCCCUCACUGGUCCCAAGUCCCCAACGGCAGACUACGGCCAAGUAAUGCCACUCAUUGGAAUUGUCCUGCUGCUUACUUUUCUACUUACCGCUGUGACCUGCAACCUGGUCAUCAUUCCUUGCAUCAAGAACUACAAGAACCCGGGUGUCAAAACAGCCCAGGACUCAAUGUGCCGGAGGCCAGUUGAAGAAAGUGGGGACAGCAGUCUCUCCUCCCUGGUGAAAACACCAAGCUUGGGGGAGCCAUGAUGGAAAAACCUGGUUAUCUGUCUGUCGUAAUGCUGCAAUUAUUCUCAAUGCUACUCAGAAUAAAUGUAUUUUAAACCAGAAACAACUUCAGACACCUGUUUGAAAAUUAAAAAAUAUGGUCAAUAUUUGAUUCCCAUGUAAUCUGUUAUUAUGGAAAAGCAUGUUAGCUGGGCCUAUUACUUUGCCUUGCCUCCUUAUCCACAAAAUGGUUGUUCUUUGCUGCUCUGGGAGAUCCGCAUGAUGUUAUUGUCACAAAUGGGCUACUGACAAGCUUCUGAGAAAUAGGCCUACUACUUCCUUCCUGUGUCUGGUUAAGAUUUAGAAGAAAGAUAAUGUGACAACAAUGCCAGUCUGGCAAAAUAAUGUGAAAUAUUGUACAAUGUGUAUUGUGUUAAAUUUGGUUGUCGUUUAUGUCUUGCAAAUUAAACCUUUGAACAUUUUACACGA